AUGGAGUCCCCCUCAGCCCUUGUGCUCAGAGGACUUGUCCCCUGGCAGGGGCUCCUGCUGGCUGCCUCACUGUUAAUUUUCCGGAGCCCGCCCGCCGCGGCCCAGCUCUCUAUCGUGACGACCAGCGCCGCCGAGGGGAAGGACGUGCUUCUCCGAAUCCGCAACAAGCCUCCAGAUGCUAUGGGCUUUAUGUGGUACAGGGGGGAGGGGGCGAGAGCCAAUCGUAAUAUUGGAUCUAUCGCAAUGGACCUAAGGGCAUAUGCAACCGGGCCUUCAUACAGCGGCCGAGAGAAAAUAAACCACGACGGGUCCCUGCUGCUGAAGAAGGCCACCCGGCGGGACGCGGGAUACUACACCAUAGUGGCCUACCUCCGGGAUUCAAAAAAAGAAAUAGGAUUUGGACGCCUCCAUGUGUACCAGCCCGUGAGAGUGCCCACCCUCCUGGCCAGCAACACGACAGUCACAGAGCACAAGGACGCCGUGGUCAUGACCUGCUACACAAAUGCGAUCUCCACGCAAUGGCUCUUCAAUGGCAUGAAUCUACGGCUCAGGGAGAGAAUGAAGCUGUCCUGGAACAACAGAACCCUCACCAUAGACCCUGUGAAGAGGGAGGACGCUGGGUAUUAUCAGUGUGAGGUCUCCAACCCCAUCAGUUCCGCUGAAAGUGCGCCUGUGGAGCUGCAUGUGAAGCAUGAGUGACCCUCCUCCCCUCCUCUGUAUUAUUAAUCUCUGAAUAAUUUUGCACCCUUUAAAUAGAUUUGUUGUGAGGGUGGAAAGUCCUUAGAAGACUUACAUUGAGUCAAUAAAUGCACAAAAUUAAGAGCUGA